CAUCAAGCGCGGAACCGCGAUGGCGCUCGAUCGGCGACGAGCGCUGCUCUGCGCCUUGGUCGCCUGCGCGACGACGCAGGCGCGGCCGACGCCGCUCUCACCGCACCGCGUGUCGCGCGGCGGCGCCAAGAAGGGCGACGACGACAAGAUCGUGGGCCCAUGCAUCGGCAUCGACCUCGGCACGACCUACAGCUGCGUCGGCGUCUGGCAGAACGGGCGCGUGGAGAUCUGCGCCAACGACCAGGGGAACCGCAUCACGCCGUCCUACGUGAGCUUCUGCGGCGACGGGAGCCGCCUCGUCGGCGACGCGGCGAAGAACCAGGCGUCGCAGAACCCGAAGAACACGGUCUACGACGCGAAGCGGCUCAUCGGCCGCAAGUUCGGCGACGCGUCCGUCGUCGAGGACCGGAGCCACUUCAGCUUCGACAUCGUCGCCGACAAGGACGGCAAGCCCAAGGUCGAGGUCGAGGUCGCCGCGGGCUCGCGGAAGGCCUUCUCGCCCGAGGAGGUGUCCGCGAUGAUCCUCGGCAAGAUGAAGGACACGGCCGAGGCCUUCCUGGGCACGGAGGUCAAGCACGCUGUGGUGACGGUGCCGGCCUACUUCAACGACGCCCAGCGCCAGGCGACCAAGGACGCGGGCACGAUCGCGGGCCUCAAGGUCGAGCGCGUCAUCAACGAGCCGACGGCCGCGGCCAUCGCCUACGGCCUCGACAAGGCCCAGGGCGGCGCGUCCCGCGAGGAGAACGUGCUCGUCUUCGAUCUGGGCGGCGGCACCUUCGACGUCACGCUCCUCACCAUCGACAACGGCGUCUUCGAGGUCCGCGCGACGUCCGGCGACACGCACCUCGGCGGCGAGGACUUUGACCAGCGGCUCAUGGACCACUGCGUCGCCGCCUUCAAGAAGAAGCACAAGGGCAUGGACAUCGCCGGCGACCCCAAGGCCCUCCAGCGCGUGCGCAAGCAGUGCGAGCUCGCGAAGCGCGCCUUAUCGUCCGCCACCCAGACGUCCGUCGACGUCGACGCCGUGCACCAGGGCGUCGACCUCUCCGUGCCCGUGUCGCGGGCCAAGUUCGAGGAGCUCUGCGGCGACCUCUUCAAGCGCACGCUCAAGCCCGUCGCGCGCGUGCUCAAGGACGCGAAGAUCGACAAGAAGGACGUGCACCAGGUCGUCCUCGUCGGCGGCAGCACGCGCGUGCCCCGCGUCCAGGCGCUGCUCCGCGACUUCUUCGACGGCAAGGAGCUCAACAUGCGCAUCAACCCCGACGAGGCCGUCGCCUACGGCGCCGCCGUCCAGGCGGGCAUCCUGUCCGGCGCCACGGGCGACGCGACGAAGGACGUGCUCCUCCUCGACGUCGCGCCUUUAAGCCUCGGCAUCGAGACGGCCGGCGGCGUCAUGACCAAGCUCAUCGACCGGGGCACGACGAUCCCGGCGCGCAAGACCCAGACCUUCUCCACCUUCCAGGACAACCAGCCCGGCGUGCUCAUCCAGGUCUUCGAGGGCGACCGCGCGAUGACGCGCGACAACCGCGAGCUCGGCAAGUUCGAGCUCGGCUCCAUCCCGCCCGCGCCGCGCGGCGUGCCCCAGAUCGAGGUCGGCUUCGACGUCGACGCCAACGGCAUCCUCUCCGUCUCCGCCAACGACAAGGCGUCCGGCGCGACGCAGCAGAUCACGAUCACGUCCGAGAAGGGCCGCCUCUCCGAGGACGAGAUCAAGCGCAUGGUCGCCGAGGCCGAGGAGUUCGCCGAGGAGGACGCCAAGCUCCGGUCCGCCGUCGAGGCGCGCAACGGCUUCGAGUCCUACGCCUACCAGCUCAAGGCGUCGUCGGGCGCGCUCGACCUGCCGGACGGCGAGAAGGAGCGGCUCGACGCCGCGCUCGCGGCCGCGCUCGCGUGGCUCGACGACCACGCGACGGCCGACGAGGACGCCACGGCCGAGGAGCGCAAGAAGCUCGAGGACGUCGCCAACCCCAUCCUCGCCUCGGCCUACGCCGCCAAGGACGCGUCGGCGAACGCGGAGCCCGCGGCCGGCGUCGAGCCCGAGGACGACGACGACGACCUCGACAUCCCCGACAUGGAGUAGGGGGAUUCGUAAGCUACGGUUAGGCCAGCG